CUCUUUCUGGAGCACGAAUCCAAACAUUUUCCAAAGCAACAAAGAAAAGUUCGCAUGCUGGCAGUGCGGCCGGGACAAACUGGCGCUGCUGCCGGGUUCCCUUCCCUCCGACACUUGACUCAACCUUGAAAGCAAGUGUAUGUGUGUCCCCACCUCCCGCCCCGGUAACUUCCAGAGCGAAUAACAGAUACCCAUAACAUCCCCAUCGCGCAGCCCCUCCCCGAGGGCAGCGCACUAUGCUGCUCGGGUGGGCUUCCCUGCUGCUGUGCGCGCUCCAUCUGCCCCUGGUCGCGGUCGGCCCCGCCGCGGCACCUGCCCAGGAUAAAGCCGGGCAGCCUCCGGCUGCUGCAGCGGCCUCACAGCCCCGCCAGCGGCAGGGGGAGGAGGCGCAAGAGCCGGCAGAGCCUCGCGGCCACCCGCACCCCCUGGCGCCGCAGCGCAGAAGCCGCGGGCUUGUGCAGAACAUCGACCAGCUCUACUCGGGCGGCGGCAAGGUGGGCUACCUCGUCUACGCGGGCGGCCGGAGGUUCCUCCUGGACCUAGAGCGGGAUGAUUCGGUGGGCGCCGCUGGCUUUGUGCCCGCAGGAGGCGGGCCGAGUGCAACCCGGCGCCACCGGGGCCACUGCUUCUACCGGGGCACGGUGGACGGCAGUCCCCGCUCCCUGGCUGUCUUUGACCUCUGCGGUGGUCUCCGCGGCUUCUUCGCAGUCAAGCACGCGCGCUACACUUUGAAACCGCUGCUGAGCUGGCCCUGGUCUGAGGCCGAGUCCGGGCGUGUGUAUGGGGAUGGGUCCGCGAGGAUACUGCACGUCUACACUCGCGAGGGUUUCAGCUUUGAGGCCCUGCCUCCGCGCACCAGCUGCGAGACCCCGGGGUCCCCGCCCCGGCCCCGUGAGCGCCCCCCGCAGCACAACAGCCCGGACCGACGCUGGACGCUGGCCCCACAGCUCUCUGACCAGGCUCCCUCGUCGGAUGGGAGUCAGGGACCACAGACGUGGUGGCGGAGGCGGCGCCGCUCCAUCUCCCGGGCCCGCCAGGUGGAGCUGCUCCUGGUGGCUGACGCGUCCAUGGCGCGGAUGUAUGGGAGGGGGCUGCAGCAUUACCUCCUGACCCUGGCUUCCAUCGCUAACCGCCUGUACAGCCACGCCAGCAUCGAGAACCACAUCCGCCUGACGGUGGUGAAGGUGGUGGUACUGGGAGACAAGGACAAGACCCUGGAGGUGAGCAAGAACGCUGCCACCACCCUCAAGAACUUUUGCAAGUGGCAGCACCAGCACAACCAGCUGGGGGAUGACCACGAGGAGCACUACGACGCGGCCAUCCUGUUUACUCGGGAGGAUUUAUGUGGGCAUCAUUCAUGUGACACCCUGGGAAUGGCAGACGUUGGGACCAUAUGUUCUCCCGAGCGCAGCUGUGCUGUGAUUGAAGAUGAUGGCCUCCACGCAGCCUUCACCGUGGCUCACGAAAUUGGACAUUUGCUUGGCCUCUCCCAUGAUGAUUCCAAAUUCUGUGAAGAGAAUUUUGGUUCCACAGAAGACAAGCGCUUAAUGUCCUCCAUCCUGACCAGCAUUGAUGCAUCCAAGCCUUGGUCCAAAUGCACCUCAGCCACCAUCACAGAAUUCCUGGAUGAUGGUCACGGUAACUGUUUGCUAGACCUCCCACGCAAGCAGAUCCUCGGCCCCGAGGAACUCCCGGGACAGACCUACGAUGCCAGCCAGCAAUGCAACCUGACCUUCGGGCCCGAAUACUCCGUGUGCCCAGGCAUGGACGUCUGCGCCCGCCUCUGGUGCGCUGUGGUGCGCCAGGGCCAGAUGGUGUGUCUGACCAAGAAGCUGCCAGCUGUGGAGGGGACGCCAUGUGGGAAAGGCAGGAUCUGCCUGCAGGGCAAGUGUGUGGACAAAACCAAGAAAAAAUAUUAUUCGACAUCAAGCCAUGGCAACUGGGGGUCUUGGGGGUCCUGGGGCCAGUGUUCUCGCUCAUGUGGAGGAGGAGUACAGUUUGCCUAUCGCCACUGCAAUAACCCGGCCCCCAGAAACAGUGGCCGCUACUGCACAGGGAAGAGAGCCAUCUACCGCUCCUGCAGUGUCACGCCCUGCCCGGCUAAUGGUAAAUCUUUUCGUCAUGAGCAGUGUGAAGCCAAAAAUGGAUAUCAGUCGGAUGCAAAAGGAGUCAAAACAUUUGUGGAAUGGGUUCCCAAAUACGCAGGUGUCCUGCCGGCAGACGUGUGCAAACUGACCUGCAGGGCUAAGGGCACCGGCUACUAUGUGGUGUUUUCACCAAAGGUGACUGAUGGAACGGAAUGCAGGCCGUACAGUAAUUCUGUCUGUGUCCGGGGGAAGUGCGUGCGGACAGGCUGUGAUGGCAUCAUUGGCUCCAAGCUGCAGUAUGAUAAGUGUGGAGUGUGUGGAGGAGACAACUCCAGCUGCACAAAGGUCGUUGGGACCUUCAAUAAAAAAAGUAAGGGUUACACUGACGUUGUAAGGAUCCCUGAGGGGGCAACUCACAUAAAAGUCCGACAGUUCAAAACCAAAGACCAGACUAGGUUCACUGCCUACUUAGCCCUGAAGAAGAAAAAUGGUGAGUACCUUAUCAAUGGAAAGUACAUGAUCUCCACUUCGGAAACCAUCAUUGACCUCAAUGGAACAGUCAUGAACUACAGCGGUUGGAGCCACAGGGAUGACUUCUUGCAUGGGAUGGGCUACGCGGCCACGAAGGAAAUUCUGAUUGUGCAGAUUCUUGCAACAGACCCAACUAAAGCAUUAGAUGUCCGUUACAGUUUUUUCGUUCCCAAGAAGUCCACUCCAAAAGUAAACUCGGUCACCAGCCAGGGCAGCAAUAAAGUGGGAUCACACACUGCAGAGGUGCAGUGGGUGACUGGCCCUUGGCUCGCCUGUUCUAGAACCUGUGACACGGGCUGGCACACCAGGACGGUGCAGUGCCAGGAUGGAAACCGGAAGUUAGCGAAGGGAUGUCUUCUCUCUCAGAGACCUUCCGCAUUUAAGCAAUGCUUGCUAAAGAAAUGUUAGCCUGUGGUUAUGACCUUCUGCAGAGGUAACUGGAUGGUUCAUCACUGAUGGAGUCAUGGCGAUCAAGAGGUCAACCUCAAGCACACACAAGUCACACUUCAGUGUCAUUAUCAACGGGAAUCCGAUGAUGGGCAGAAUCUGCCCUCAGCAACCAAAUGAAGAUGUGUGACCUUGGAAUACCGAAAAACUUGGGCGUUAGUGAACACCCCUGGGUCUACAAGAGUGUAGCCACACUGAUGAAUGUAGAAUCAGGGGACAUCUGAAGAUGGCAGAGCAGUCUUCCCCUUGUCACCUACCUCUUAUAGAAUGUCUUCAAAGGCAUCGUAAUCAUUUUCAUGCAUAUGACACAGUAGUUUAUUUUUACUGUUUGUAAAUACAUUCUUCCUUGGUAUGUCACUUUAUAUCACUCAAUUCUAUUAAAUAUAUAUAUAUAUAUUUCUAUAAAAAAGUGUUUGACCAAAGUAGGUCUGCAGCUAUUUCAACUCCUUCUAGUUUCCAGAAAGAGCUGUGGAUGUUUUACUGGAAAUUAAGAACUUGCUGCUGUUUUAAAAAGAUUUAGUAUACAUUCAGACUACAGGAGAUCACAUUUUCGUCAAAAACCCUUUUGACAGCAAGCAUCUUCUGAGAAAUUCUGAAAAGGAAAAGGAUCUCAGUGUAUUUAGUCAUUUAACUAUAUGCAGGGGUCCAUGUAUUUAAACAUUUGACUGCCUGUAUUUUUUCAGGCAGCCAAACAAAUCAAUGCAUAAUUAGGAGAUAGAAGUAGUGUUUGUGUGUGUGUAUGUUAUUAGUAUUCAAGAGUAUAAAAAUUCGUUUCCUUCCACCGGAAUUUAAAAGGAAAAAAGAAACAUGCUUUACCAUAUUUUCAAGUUAUAUUUUCAUAGCUGCUUUCUCUUUCCAUGGCUCCCAUCUGAUAUCUCACAGCCUGUAAUGUGCAUACAGAACACACAGCAAAGAGUUUUCUAUCACCUUCAACACUGGUAUACCUCUUACCAGCAAGCCUUUAACACAUACUUUGUUUUCGCUUGUUUGUUUGUUGUGUUCAGGGGUUCCAUAGGACCUACAGUGUUUUGUACUUCUUGUUGACUUAGUUUAAAGAUCACUUGGAGUUAGCCACAUCUAAAAGUGGUUAUCAUUAACAUGGCUAGUGCAGGAAAAAAAAAAAAAAAAAGGUUGGUAGUAAUAAGACUGUUUCCACACCAUAGGCAAUAAUUCCUUGCAUUUUUUUUUUAAAUCAGAGUAUACUGAUACUGUACUUAAGAUUUUUCACAAUUAGAAUGCAUGUGGUUGUACCAGUAAGUGUUUGGGUGAAGAAAUGUGAUGAUUUUUGCAAAGUUUGCUUUUAUUUCUGUAGCCUGUCUAGGUAAGUGGUGAGUUUGCAUAGUUCUCUGCGCAAAAAUCUCAUAGACAGUAAACUGAAUCCCUCUACCCCUUAGCUCAGAAAAUCUAAGAUGAUUCAUUUCACUGGUAUUUCUUUUUCUUUGUGAAAUAUCACAAAGUUAUUUGUUUUUAUAAAAUUUUAUAAUAACCAUACCAAAUGUGCCUAUUUUUAAAGAUUUGCAUAUAAGGAUAUUAAGGAACUAUUAUUGUUUGAGUUUCCUUAAGCUCAUGAGAGUUUAUUUUUAUUAUUAGAUAUUUUUAAUAUAAAAGGAUUAUGUAAUUGAUCUUGUGGUAUAGCACAUUCAUUUCAGUAGACCAAGGGAAUGGAUGUCUCACUGUUUUAAGUAUUUUCUUAAAGAAUAAUUUGGUAAAACAAAUAAUUGUUUUACAAAACUAUCCAUUUUCCUUUGAAUUUUCAUAGGCUGACUUUGCUUUAGAUGUGGUCCUUUUUUCCUUAAUAAAUUACCAAUUAGAGAAAGGAGGCCUAUACAAGACUGGUAACCUCCAUUUGAUGGAGGUCACUGGCUAUCAGGGACAGAGAGCAAAGCUAUUCAUACCUGUCAGAAAAAAAAAAAUAGUAAUAAUAAAAAUCACAUCAGCCAUUUGACCAUGCAGAGAGAAUUAAUAGAAAGUUUACUUUUCCCAAUAUAUAAAAUAACUUGAAUCAAGUAAUUUAACUAUGACAAUUUUUUUUUAUCUUUUGUGGUUAUAUUGACAGCAACAUUAAAAAUAAUUGAAAAGCAAAGAUGAUUGUUUUCUACUCUGCUUCUCCAUAUUGUAUUCACAGAUUUUUAAUAUGAUUUAUCAAUGAUGCAUUUUUCCCCAAAUAAUGAAGUUUUACACUUCUCAUGAGAACAAUCUUAGAGAGCUUAAAACUAAUAAACCACUAUUCCAUGUUUUGAAGGAGUUUUUUUGGGUUUUUUUUUUUUGUUUUUUGUUGUUUGGUUUUGGGUUUUUUGUAUGGAUAUCGACAGAGUGACAAAGGAAUGUUUGUCUAAAUUCCUGAGAAAAUAUAUAGACUGGAAACUGAAAUUCAGAGAAAUGGAGUGUUUGGUAGACAUAGAGAAUGAUGAGCAAAGGAAAAAUCCUCUAUAAUGCAAAAUAAUUUAGUCCAGUUUCAAGCUGGAUAUGCCUUUUACUUUCCAUAGUUACAUCUUGAAAGAAGAACCUAGGCUUCAGGAUCCUAGGGACUAUGUCCUCCAAAAAAAAAAAAAAAAGAGUUUGAAUGCUCAGGUUAGUAAGAAUCUAAUCUAAUUCACAAAACUAAAUACUCCAGGUUAAGUUUCAUUAGCUACAAAGGGAGCUGGAAAAAAAUAGCAUGUAUUUCUUCUAGAAUAGAAAAUGUCAAUUGAAGUCCCCCCCCCUUGUUAUUAAGUUCAAGGACAUUGUUUUAAUUUAUUCAACGAAUUCGACUUCCUCUGCCUUCCUGUGGAAACAGUUUUAGUGCAUUGAGAAUGAAGGGAUUAAUCACAAGCAAACAAAAAAGUUGCAGCACUGAAAAAAAAAAGUAAUUUAUUGUUUUUGCAACUGGUAUGUGAAAAUUUGUGUGAUAAAUUUAUUUAUUCUUAUUUAACAAAACUAUGUGCAAAUUCUUCUAUAUUUAAAGUGUUUUGCUGUUGUCCUACUUUUUAAUUUAUGCUUCAUGUUUGUGUAUAAAGUACACUUUGUGAGUUUACAUAAUAUACGGCAC